UCAAAGUCAAACAAGUUAACCUUAGACAAUUAAUGCAUCAAAAUGUGCAUUCUUUAAUAUGUCAGCUGGAUUUAUAGACCCCGUUCGCCGUUCCCCCUGCAACUGGAAAAAUACGUACUGUGAUUUUAUCAUAGAGAUAUAUAACUACUAACAUAGAGAUAUAUACUUAAGAAGGCUAUCUCUAUGGAUUUUAUCGACUGCGUUCACUGAUGAUGAAUGUUACAUAACUUAUAUUUCAGAGUCUACUCAUCUCGGUUCAAGCACAAUUCACUUUACAUAGUGGCUGGAGUCUAGGCCCUGUAGUCAGAGGCUAGCUGUUUCACUGCAGUCAUGCCCAAGCACAAACCAAGCUCCAGCAGUCAGAGUGGGGAGCCCAAUUCCAAGAAGGUCUGCACCAAGUCCAGCCGAAGUGACGAUAAUGAUGAAAGCGAGGAAGAGGAAUUAACCAACCAGUCUCAAAGGCCAGACUUCACUGCUCCAUUGAAAGAGAGAGAAGCAGAAUGUGGAAUCAUUGAGAAAAUAUCAGUAAAGAACUUUAUGUGCCAUGGACGACUUGACUGCAACUUUGGUCCGAAUGUCAACUUUGUUGUUGGGCGCAAUGGAAGUGGAAAGAGUGCCAUUCUGACAGCUAUUGUAGUGGGCCUAGGUGGAAAAGCCAUCGCAACAAGCCGUUGUAACUCGGUUAAAAACUUCAUCAAGGCUGGAAAAAAGGAUGCUGAGGUAUGCAUCAAGUUACGUAAUCGAGGAACCAAUGCCUACAAGCCAGACAUGUAUGGACCGUCCAUUACAGUGAAGAGAAGAAUACUCAGAGAGGGCGGUAACAGCUACAGAAUAAUGUCAGAUAAGGGUGAAGUUAUCAGCACCAAUGAGGAUGAGCUGUCCCACAUCAUGGAUCAUUUCAACAUUCAGAUUGAUAACCCUGUAUCUAUCAUGAACCAGGAGACCAGCAAGAAUUUUCUCCUCAAGCAAAAUGCCAAGGACAAUUAUGAGUUUUUCCUGAAGGCAACUCGAUUGGAUCAAGUCUCCAUUGACUAUCGUGAAAUCAUGAAGAGUAUGGGAUUGACAGAAGAGAAGGUCGAUGCACAGAGUGAGAAACUUCCUGCCCUGGGAAAUGAGGUAUUGGAGAUAGAACAGAAGUUCAAGGCCUGUCUUCAUGAUUUGACUAACAACAGACAGAAACUUCUCAACCAAUCGGCUUGGGCACAAGUUGCAGAGUUGGAAAGGGAUGAUUUAGCUGGGGCUAGCAUUGAAGUGCAGACAGCUAAGCAACAUCGCAAGCAUUAUGAAGAAAAGAAGAAAGAACUGACGGCAAAGAUUGCCAACCUCAAGAAAGAAGCAGAUGCUGCACAGAAAGAAGUAGAGACACUGGACACGAUUCUUGAGCAGAAGAAUACAUCACUAAAGAACAUACGUAGUUGCAUAGCGCAGAGGACCAAGUACUACUUCAUAGCCCUGAUGUCUACUCGGGGCUAUUCGGGUCAGCUCAUAUUCAAUCAUUCAAAAGAGGAACUUAUUCUCAAGGUGAAUCUAGGAGAGAGCCAGAAAGCCAAUGAUAUGUCCAAGGAUCUGAGAAGCCUGUCUGGUGGAGAGAUGUCAUUCUCCACAGUGUGCCUUAUCAUGGCCCUCUGGGAGUCUGCAGAAUGCCCCCUUAUGGCCAUAGAUGAAUUUGAUGUUUCCAUGGACAUGAUGAAUAGAAAGACCUGCAUCGAGUUGUUGCUAGGGUUUGCCGAAGAUCAACCAAUCCGUCAAUUUAUCUUUCUUACUCCACAAGAUAUGAGCACGAUCACCCCAAGGCCGUCUGUACGCAUAAUUCAACUUCCCGACCCCGAGCGGAACUAAGGUUACAUCACAUCAAAGCAGAACCCAAUGCCACUCAAGAUGAAACAAUGGAAGAGGGAGAGUAGCAGAAUCAGUUUGAUAAGCUGGAGGAACUUCGGGACUAUUAAUCUAGUACCUCCCCAAAAUCAUCAUAAUCGGAUAAAUUUUCUAAAGAAUAGGAAAGAAAGCAUUGUUAUCAUCUGUAGAAGUCAGUAAAAACAGUGAUCAUUUGUUCAAGCUUUGGUAUAACAUAACAACUGAAUGUGAGCAGAAUAGAUUGCAUGUACGUGAUAUAGGUUUCUGCUUCAAGUAAAACUCUUAAUCUUUUAAGAAGGAGAUAUCACGUAAAAAGGAAAAAAUAACUGUGAUGCAGCUUGUGAUACUUUUACCUGAUACAUUGUGAUGGUGUUGUGGUCUAGUGGAUGAGUCACCGGACUGCAGGUCAUAACUCAAGGGAUUCAAAUCCCAGUCCGACAUUAAUAUCCUUUGGCAAGACAUUAAUCUACAUUUGCCACUCUCCACUUGCCUUCUGUACUACAUUGUAUAUACAUUCAUCUAUGCAAUUAGUUAUUUACUUUUUGAGUAGUCUGUUAGUAAUUGUUGAUUUCAAGUUGUGUAUUUAAUCAAUUAUCAAAAUCUUAGCUGCAAAUAAAAUGAUGUCAAUUAUGGUGAAGAGCUAGCUGUAGCAGUUCUAGAGAGGGAACUGGGGCAGCAGGGGUCAACCCCCCUCCAAAUAAACAAAAAAGGAGGAACAAAUCUGGAUUAUACAUGAAUUUAAGCAAGCAAGACAUGUGUAGUAAGUGAAUGCAAGAACCAUAAGCGCCCCCUCCCCCUCCCCCUCCCCUCCCCUCCC